GAAAUGUUUGAAAGCUGUAAACGUGAUAUAACCGUUGCUAUGAUGAGGAAUUAUCCACAGCUUCUUCGCAAAUUUAUGUCUGACAAAGCAAAAAUUCCUUAUCUACUUGAAAUCAUUGUUCAUAUGAACCUUGAGAUCUAUUCUCUUAAAAGACAAGAUCAGAAUUUUAAAUCUGCUGUCCUUCUGAUGAAAGAGGCAUUUUUUAAGCAUGGUGAGAAGGAAGCUCUGAGAUCUUGUGUAAAAGCUGUGGGCUUCUGUGCCACUGAGAGUCGAGGGGAGUUACAAGACUUUGCCCUUAACAAAUUAAAGGAGAUUGAGGAUGAGCUCAUUGUCAAACUUAAAUCUGCAAUAAAAGAAGUUGCGGAUGGUGAUGAUGAAUAUUCACUGCUUGUUAAUUUGAAAAGAUUGUAUGAACUUCAAUUGUCAAGGCAAAUUUCCAUUGAAAGCUUGUAUAAAGAUUUUGCGGAGACUCUUAAAGACUUCAGAAGUAUUGAUGACGAGGUAAUUGGAUUUCUGCUUCUUAACAUGCAUCUGCAUGCUUGCUGGUGCCUACACUCUAUCAUAAACUGUGACACAGUCCCGGAGCAAUCAGUGUCUUCCUUAAUCUCCAAGCGCAGUACCUUGUUUAAACUACUUGAGUCCUUCCUGACUACUGAAUCUAUGGAAGGUCUUCGUGCAAAUCAUCUUGCAUGUAGGGUUUGUGUUAUUCUUUCAGAACAAUGGUGUCUGUUUAGGAAAGCAACCUUUGCUUCCACGGAGCUAGAAGCUUUGGGGUACUCUCCAGAUGAAUUCAUUCUUCAAAAGUUCUGGAAGCUUGGUGAACACCAACUACAUAUUUCAGAUGAGACUGAAGAAGAUGAUUAUAAUAGGGAAUACAUUGAGGAGACAAAUCGAGUUGCUGUAAUCAUUGCUGUGGCGAAGUUGGUUGCUGUUGAGGCAGUUCCUAAGGAAUAUCUUGCUCCAGAGAUAGUAUCUCAUUUUGCGAUGCAUGGAACAAGUGUGUCUGAGGUCAUUAAGCAUUUGCUAACCGUUUUAAGGAAUAAAGGUGCAGAUGUUGCACGUUUGUUCCUAGAGGCACUAAAGAGGGCAUAUCAACGGUACUUAGUGGCACUUUCUUCUGAUGAUGACAAUUCAGCAAGAAGGACAUUUCAAGAAUGUGAAGAUCUUGCGAGUGAGCUUGCUAAAACAUUUGGAAAGGCUGCUAAAAACAAGCACCGGUCAGAUGUUCUAAAUAUUGUCACAGGAGGCAUUCAAUAUGCCUUUUCAGAUGCUCCAGAGCAUCUAUCUUUCUUGGAUGGUGCUGUGCUGCAUUUCAUAUCCAAACUUCCUCCGCCAGAUAUUAUGGACAUGUAAGAGCUUAACUUAUUU